AUGGGUGACUACUCGAAAGCACUUGAAUCUUACGACAAAGCACUUAAAAUAAGAGAGAAAACUCUGCCUCCGAAUCAUCCCUCAUUGGCUACUUCAUACAGCAACAUCGGUCUUGUGUAUGACAACAUGGGUGACUACUCGAAAGCACUUGAAUCUUACGACAAAGCACUUAAAAUACAAGAAAAAACUCUCCCUCCGAAUCAUCUCUCAUUGGCUACUUCGUACAACAACAUCGGUCUUGUGUAUGGCCACAUGGGUGACUACGCGAAAGCACUUGAAUUUUACAACAAAACACUUAAAAUAGAAGAGAAAAAUCUGCCUCCAAAUCAUCCCUCAUUGGCUACUUCAUACAGCAACAUCGGUUCUGUGUAUGCCAACAUGAGUGACUACUCGAAAGCACUUGAAUCUUACGACAAAGCACUUAAAAUCUUCGAAAAAACUCUGCCUCCGAAUCAUCCCCUAUUGGCUACUUCAUACAGCAACAUCGGUGUGGUGUAUAGUAAGAAGGGUGACUACUCGAAAGCAUUUGAAUUUUACGACAAAGCACUUAAAUUAAGAGAGAAAACUCUGACUCCGAAUCAUCCUGAUUUGGCUACUUCAUACAGCAACAUCGGUUGUGUAUAUGCCAACAUGGGUGACCACUCGAAAGCACUUUCAUUUUUAGAAAAGACACUUGCUAUUCGACAAAAAUCACUCCCACCAACACAUCCUGAUAUUAAACGAGCGAUAGAUAAUAUUGACUAUGUGAAACAGAAAAUGUGA